AUGAACCAACAUCGCGCAUCACACUGGUGGUCGCGCUUUGCGCUCCUGAGGCGUGCGGUUCGCGCCAUCGUCAAAUCACCGGGGCGGAAGCCCGAGGCCUUACUACCGAGGAUCGUAUGGAUGAAGGAGCAAGUGAUCCCCAAAACCUACCUACCAUUGACGCAAUGUGCUGCGGAUAACCAGCAUGCGCCACUGGGACUUCUGCUGGUGACCAUCCUCGCCCGUAUCAACGCCGCCGUUGCAGCAGCGUUGCCUACUACAGAGGAGGACUUGCGCCCGAUAGCAGGCCAUGCUCCUGAGCAGCCCCCUUCUCAGCCAGCAAUGGCAGGGGCUCAGGAAAAGGGCGAGUUAAUAUCGCGAGAUGCCUUGGACCUGCAUGGGAAGACAACUUUUCGACAAAUGUCAAAAGCCACGUCAUCAGGCUUCAACAAAGUCCAGAAGAUGACCAAGGCGAGGGAAGAGCCAAGAGCCCAGUUGGUCAAGAAGAAGAAGAAGGCGAAAGGAGACGACUUUGCUAGCAUGUUCGAUUCAAUCUGA